AUGGAAGUCGCGCUCACGUUUGGCAGUCUCGGCGACAUCAUCGCCAUCUGCCAGCUGUGCGUGCAGCUGAGCCGGGCCCUGGGCCUCGGCCGCAAAGCAGUUGGCGGAAGCGCUCUGGAGUAUCAGGAGCUGCGAAAAGAUCUGAACCUGUUUAUCCAGGUCCUACUACAGGUUGUGGCGACCUACGAAGCGCGCGAACCCUCGGCGUACCUUGCCGGGCUCGACCAGGCGACCAAGGCGGUCGUCGACGAGUGCGCGGGCCUCAUCGAGCAGGCCAUCCAGCACUUCGGAUCGCGAUACCACGACAGCCUGCGGGCUGAGGGGUCCGGGAAUAAGUGGCGCGACGCGUGCAAGAAGGUCGAAUGGGCGGUGCGCGAGAAAGAGCGGCUGCUCGAGCUGCGGGAGAAGCUACGCAGAAACACCGAACGGUUGACCCUGCUGAAUGGGCUUGUUAUGCGGAAGUCGGCCCGCGUCGACAACGCCACAAUGCUGGCUAGGAUCGACGAGGUGCAGCGUCUGGUGUCGGCCGAAGCGAGCGGUCGGGAGGAGAUGCUACGGCUGUUAAAGGAGCAACACGCCAUGGCCGACAUGCAGGCCCAUGGCCUCCAAGCGGUCAACGACCAGCUCUCUGCUGUCAAGCAGUCCCUCUCUGCCAUAGCGGAAAUGAAGGACACACUCUCUCAGAUUGCCCAGGUUGCCGCGGGCCUCCAAGUCACGGCUUCGGCUUCGACGUUCUUGCGGUUCAUCGAUCCGACGAGAGAACUGCCCGUCAUCUUGGUGGAUUUUCUAGGUCUCCAACGCCAGACGUGUUCCAUAUGGGGUUUGCUUCCGUUGAAAGAACUCCAGACUUGGGGGCCGAUCCGCAUCCGUCGCCUGCUUCCCCGGCCGACUUCGAUCGUGUGCGAAUAG